UAGUACUAAUUUUGUGUAACAGAAAUAUUCUUGUCUACUACUACCACAGUAUACCUAUGACACUGAAUAAUCUUUCCCUCUUUUCUCUCUCCCUCUCCUCGUUAUUUCAAAUCAUUCUCUCUCUCUCUGUGUCUUGUCCUGCUAUAAAAACCUCAUCUUUUUUCUGCUUGUAGUUGAUAACACAUUCUUUUACUAGCCUCAUACCACAAGCUAGGAGAUGGGUGUUUCAAAAAAGACUCUUUUUUUACUCUUUCUUUGUGUUUUUCUUGGAGAAAUUCAUCUCUGUUUUUCUUCCAAGUUAUAUGUGGUGUACAUGGGAAGCAAAGAUAGUGAUGAACACCCAGAUGAGAUUUUGAGGCAAAACCAUCAAAUGCUGAUUGAUAUUCAUAGAGGAAACGUUGAACAAGCCAAGACUUCUCAUGUAUACAGUUAUAGACAUGGUUUUAAAGGUUUUGCUGCCAAGUUGACUGAGGCACAGGCUUCUGAAAUAUCCAAAAUGCCUGGAGUGGUAUCUGUAUUUCCAAAUACUAAGAGGAAUCUGCACACAACUCAUUCAUGGGAUUUUAUGGGGCUCAGUGAUGACGAAACAAUGGAAAUCCCAGGUUUUUCCACCAAGAAUCAAGUUAAUGUAAUCAUUGGUUUCAUUGAUACAGGAAUUUGGCCUGAGUCUCCAAGUUUUAGGGACACCAACAUGCCUCCAGUGCCAGCUGGAUGGAAAGGACAAUGCCAAUCAGGGGAAGCAUUCAAUGCCUCAAUAUGCAACAGGAAAAUAAUUGGGGCUAGAUAUUAUAUGAGUGGCUAUGUAGCUGAAGAAGAUGAUGGAAAGACCAUGUUCAAGUCUGCCAGGGACAGUACUGGUCAUGGAAGUCAUACAGCUUCAACUGCUGCAGGGCGUUAUGUAGCUGAUAUGAAUUACAAAGGUUUGGCAUCUGGAGGAGCCAGAGGUGGUGCCCCAAUGGCCAGGAUAGCAGUGUACAAAACCUGUUGGAGUUCUGGUUGCUAUGAUGUUGAUUUGUUGGCUGCAUUUGAUGAUGCAAUUAGAGAUGGGGUUCAUGUCAUUUCUCUAUCUUUGGGCCCUGAUUCUCCCCAAGGAGAUUAUUUCGGUGAUGCUAUUUCUGUGGGGUCAUAUCAUGCUGUUAGCCGUGGGAUACUUGUGGUGGCCUCAGUUGGAAAUGAAGGAACCUCUGGUUCAGCCACAAAUUUAGCUCCCUGGAUGAUCACAGUUGCAGCCAGUUCAACUGACAGAGAUUUUACAUCUGACAUUAUAUUAGGAAAUAAAGUUCAACUCAGGGGUGAAAGUCUUAGCUUAUCUCAAAUGAAUACAUCUGCAAGAAUCAUACCUGCUUCUGAAGCUUACGCUGGAUACUUCACUCCCUAUCAAUCCAGUUAUUGCUUAGAUAGUUCUUUGAAUAGAACUAAGGCCAAGGGGAAGGUUCUUGUGUGUUUACAUGCUGGAAGCUCUAGUGAGUCAAAGCUAGAGAAAAGCAAUAUAGUUAAAGAAGCUGGUGGAGUUGGGAUGAUCCUUAUUGAUGAAUCAGACAAGGGUGUGGCUAUCCCCUUCACCAUUCCAGCAGCAACUGUUGGGAAAAGGAUUGGAAACAAGAUCCUAGCUUACAUUAAUAAUACACGCUUGCCUAUGGCAAGGAUUCUCUCUGCUAAAACUGUUUUGGGAGAUCAACCUGCUCCUCGAGUAGCAGCAUUUUCUUCAAGAGGUCCUAAUUCUCUAACGCCAGAAAUUUUGAAGCCUGAUAUUGCAGCUCCGGGAUUAAAUAUCCUGGCAGCAUGGUCCCCAGCAGUGUCUAGGUUGAACUUCAACAUACUCUCUGGAACUUCCAUGUCUUGCCCUCACAUAACAGGAGUUGUUGCCUUGUUAAAAGCCGUGCAUCCAUCAUGGUCUCCCUCUGCAAUCAAAUCAGCCAUCAUGACAACAGCCAAACUGUCAGAUAUGCAUCACAAACCCAUAAUAGUAGAUCCUGAAGGGAAGAGGGCUAAUCCAUUUGAUUUUGGUUCUGGAUUUGUUAACCCCACGAAAGUCCUCGAUCCUGGUCUAAUAUAUGAUGCACAACCAGCAGAUUACAGAGCAUUUCUUUGUUCAAUUGGUUAUGAUGAGAAAUCUCUGCAUCUAAUUACAAGGGACAACAGCACGUGUGAUCAAACCUUUGCAUCGCCAAAUGAACUAAAUUAUCCUUCCAUCACAGUACCAAACCUCAGAAGCAAAUAUUCAGUAACUCGAACUGUCACAAAUGUGGGAAAAGCAAUGAGUAUUUACAAGGCAGUUAUAUUUGCACCAAGGGGUGUCACUGUUACUGUGGUGCCCCAAAGAUUAGCCUUCACUCGAUAUUACCAGAAGAUGAAUUUCACAGUGACUUUCAAAGUGGCUGCACCCACACAGGGAUAUGUCUUUGGGUCCUUGUCAUGGAGGAACAAAAGAACAUGGGUAACAUCUCCACUUGUUGUCAGAGUGGCACAUUCCAACAUGGGUACCAUGUUAUAGUUCAGCUGCAGUGCUAUUUAUUUGUGUUAUAAAAGGGAAGUAACAGAUAUUGCACCCAGUAGCUGCUGAAAAUGGUUGCAGUAGCUAAGGAAAAUGUGAAGUGACAAGUGAAGGUAAUGGAGCAGGAGGAAAAAUUUCACUCUCACCCUUGAUAAUUGCAUGAAAGCCAACACUAAAUUCUUAGUAGAAUACAUGUAAUUAGUAGCAGAAUACAAAUAAUUAGUAAUUCUUUAUUCUAUUUGUCCCUAGUUUUGAGUUUUGAUUCUGGCAACCUAGUCACCUUACUCCAACUUUGCACAACUACUUGAUAGGCAUACCGCAAAUUCUUUUAGCUGUCUAGUAAUGCAUUAUGGAUUGGCAUCUCUGUGUGUCUCUGCUUUUAUAUCUACUAGUAGUUCAUUCUUUAAUGUAAGAUCUUAUCAUGUUGUUGUCAUUAAAUCCAAAGAAUAAACAAAA